UUUAAAAAUGUGUUACCAAUUCAUAAAAUACAACAUUAAAAUACAUAAAAAAUAAUGUAAAUGGGUAAAAUACAUAAAACAGUGGAAGUGAACAAAUAAAACUUUGUGCUGACAUUAAUAGAACGUCAGAAGGUUGUAGGAGGGGGUUUAGCAUAUGAUAGAGUUUCUGCAGCCUCAGACAUUCACAUCAGUCAGGAUUUCCACUAUUAUCACAGUUCACACAAAGUGGUGGAUUAUUUUAGUUUAUUUUAAUUCUAGACCUAAAAUAUUUUCUUAAAAGAAGUCUGGUACUGGCUUUAAACUGGGCUGUGUGGAACUGGUCUCACACAGUUGAUGUUAUUUUUCUGGUAGCAUUAGCAUGUCAAUAAUUAGCAUGUUUGUGUUUCGCACGUCAGAGACACAAUGAGCUUACGGAGCAUCUGUCCUCUUUGCUGGAGUAAGUCCUGCACCAUCUGUCUGCCUGGUGUUUGAGUGUUUCUGAGGAUAGCAGGGACCCUGAGCAGGUUUAGCUCAUCGCAGUCUGCCUUUGCCUUAUGGUUGGGACUGUCAGUUUGACUGAAGCCUCAUCUGAAACACUUCAUGUUUUUAUAAUGUAAAUGCACAGUGAGCCCGAGUCUGUAUGUUACCUGGACUGAGUGUCCUGCUGCACCAUGUAAACACAGUGUUGUAAUCUGUUGUAAUCCCUGCACAUGAUUCGCUCUUCAUUGUGUAACACUCCACAGAUAUAGAAAGGCAGAGGUGGAAGCACACAGGAAUUCUGGGAAAGCAAAUCUGGUUUAGCUUCUAGCUUUUCUCAGAUCUCUAUGUCUCAACGUCUCACUGUGUUGGUGGACCUGGUCUACUGUAAGUGAUGGAUGGGUCAAGGACCUGGUCGACUGUAAGUGAUGGAUGGGUCAAGGACCUGGUCUACUGUGAGUGAUGGCGGAUUCUGACCCUGAUGCAGUCAGCUGAGCUCUUGUUGUGUGGGAGUUUGAAACAGUUCUCACUGUCUCACUCUCAUUUCUCUUUGAGUGCAACACACACUCAUGCAGGAUGAAAGUCACACUUUAUUUUACUGUACACUAACAAGCCGUAGUUUGUGUCAAAUUAGACAAAACUAUGAAAAAUAUGUUCUUUAUUAGACAUUAAAAAAAACAUAGUUACUCCCUUUUAGAGGCUACACCUAAUUAUGCUGUGACAAGAACAACACUUAGACACUAUUACACCAAAUUGUACUCUAAUUAAUUACUAAACUAUGACACACCAUUUUCUAUUUUUUUUUUUUUAAGAUAAUAGUCUAAUGAGAAAUAAAAUACAAUGUGAUACCAGAUCCAAAACAUGCUGCAGUUAGAUGCUCUUCUACAAAUUAUGCUGUAAUACUGAAUAUUGAAUACUUCCAUCAUGGACCUAUAGCUACAUUAGACAGCUGUAGUUAGAGGAAUGUAAUGCCAUAUUACAGAGUCCUAAUGGUCCAAAUGAACGAGUACAUGUAGCUUUUAGCUGUUUCCUCAAAUAGUGUUUAGUAGUGAAAUAGUCCUGGUCUCACCUAGACUUGCUGUGUCUCCAUGACUCCCUGACACUUCCAAGUUAAAUCAAGUCUCUUGUGUGUGUGCGUGUGUGUGUGUGUGUGUGUGUGUCCGUGUGUGUGUGUGUGUGUGUGCGUGUCUCUGAACUACGCAGUAUGGACGGCGUUCCUCUGAAGAUGCCUAUCUUACAGGAAAUCAGAGAAGACGUCAGAGUCAUUGUCCCUGAUUAUCUCACCAUCCUGCAGGAGACGGAGUAUGAGUUCAGUCUGGAGAACUGGGUGCUCACUGGGCUGCAGAAUGGCUUCACCAGCCAGCACCGGCCUCAGCCCGCCACCUCUUCAUCAGGACUUCUGCCAUCUUGUCCUCCAUACUGGAUGAUGUUCAAAAGCCCUCAGCAGAGCCGCCUGGCCAGCCGCCACAGCUCUGACUUCUGGGAGCCCAACCCUCGACAGCGCUCGCGCAGCCUCAACCCCGCUGUCCUGCGCACCAAGUUCACCAUCUCAGAAUCUGAGGACAAAGGAGAGACAGCUGCAUGGAAAGCCCAGAGAUGUGUGUCGGUGACAAGGAGUUCCAGUGGAGAACGUCCCACUGCUUCCAGUCAGCGUGGUCAGCAGAAAGCCUUCGUCCCAGACCUGCUCAACCCUCCGGCCUGUCUGAGCAGCCUGCCACACCAGCGCAGGAAGAACCUGCGACAGUACUCCCUCUCUGCGCUGGAGACGUCAACACAACAUAAGCCCAAUGCACCCAGCCAAGGCCAGAGCCUGUCCUCACACAGACCCUCUAGCAACAGGACCCCCACCACCAGAGCCAAUACAGUUCACCAGCUCCCCAGCAUUACCAACCACAAAACAUUGUCUCUCAGUCCAGACUCCUGCAGAAACUCCCCCGUGACCUCAGCCCCCCGGGGUCUCCCUUCGUCUGGUUCGGACUCGUCAGCAGAGCUCCUGUCAGCUCUGAGCCCAGAGGAGAGGGAGCUGCUGGGGGCCAUCACAGCCCGGGGCUACCCCCUCCGUACUGCCAUCAUCGCCCUGCAGAAGACGGGCCAGCAGACGCCAGACCAGAUCUUGAGUUACCUGGUGGCGUGUGACCACCUGUGUCAGCUGGGUUAUGACAUGGCUGAGGUAGAGGAGGCUCUGGAGAUGUUUCAGAACUGUGAGACAAAGGCCGAGGAGUUCCUUCACCUGCUCAGUCAGUUCCAUGAGAUGGGCUUCCAGCAGAACGCCAUCAAAGAGGUGCUGCUGGUCCACGAGAACCACCGAGAGCGGGCCCUCGAGGAGCUGAUGAUGCGUGUGGCAUGAUGGACAGCAGAUCAACACACACACACACACACACACACACACACACACACACACACACACACACUCAGAGGUCAUCUUGUCUGAAGAUGGUCAGUGGCCUUUACAAAGGGAAAGUAUAUAUAUUAUAAAUGCUUUUAUUUUGAUAUUGUAAGCAUAACGAUAAUGACGAUGAAGAUGAUGAAGAUGAUGAUGAUGAUGAUGAUGAUGAUGAUGAUGAUCUCAUACUGCACAUGUAUUACACAAACACUUUGUUUUGGCAUGAAGACGUAUCAUGUGUGUCAGUAGUUCAUUUUUUAUUGAUGUUAACUGUGAUGUCACUGUGAGACUCAUAUUAAAGCUGUUAUCAAACUAAACCAAGGCCACACUUUUAUUCAGCUCAAGUGAGUGAUCCUUACAGGUUUCUACUCUUCUCUAUUUGGCCUGAUUUACUCUGACCUCCCACAGUGGGUCUGUCUGGGAAACUGUGUUUUAAAGUUAAAGGUUUGUUAUCUGUGGAAACCGGAUCUGAGUCACACAAACACAUAUUCUCACUGUUCAACAUCACCUGAAUCACCUGUUCUGGUUCAUCAAUUUUCUAUCAGUCAGAUGUGCUCUGUCUGUAAACAAG